GUGAGCCGAGCUGGGCCGGAGCGCAGCGGUGCUGACAGCAGCAGGAAGUGGCAGCAGACGGAGAGGAGGUGGGAAGAGCAGAGGAAGGAGCAGCAGGAGAAGUAGAAGUGAGAGGAGGAGUCUGUUUGUUGACAUCGGGACGAAUCCGAAAUCAGAUGAGUGAGGACAGCCGAUAACGCCUGGUUUUGUCCCCCUCAACGAGACACCUCCUCGGGGACAGCUCAGGUCCCCCUCCCCCGCUCCGUCCAUCUUUAACCUGAGACCGGGAUAAAGGGGCCAACAUGGCCGCUAAAGCUGGAGACGACCCGGACAGCCUCAUGGCUCUGGCGACGGUGUUCUGCCUCAGGAACCUGAGGAAGACCAUGUGUUACCAAGGACUCAGGAACCGGCUGCUCUUGCGCUCCGACAUCUUCCUGCCGAGUGAAAUCUGUGACAAGCUGGUCAACACGUACGUGGAGCUGGUCCACACCGACAGUUACUUUGAACCAGAAGAGAGUUUCUUCCAGCUGUUCGCGGACCCUCGGAGCACUAGGCUGACCCGGGUUCAGCUGAGGGAGAACUUGGUUCUGGACCGAGACCUGGAGGCCAUACGGAAACAGGACCUGAUUGAACUCAGCCUCACCUGCUGCCACAGCCUGACGCCCCGCAGCCUGAAGACACUCACCUGUUUCCGGGAGACGUUGGUGUCUCUCUGCCUGUUCGGCUGCAGCCAGAUCUUCUGUAAGAAAGUGGGACCUCCUCUGGCCUGUAACGAAGACAGCGAGGAAGAGGAGGAGGAGGACAGGUCUGCCUCCUGGCGGGUGUUAGAUUUGGACUUUAGCUUCCAGGGCUUUAACCGCCUCAGGCUGCUGAACCUGGCGGGUCUACCUGAAGCAGUGAACGCUGAGCGUCUGCUCAAACCCCUCAGGUCCAUCACCUCUCUGGAUCUGUCCAACGUGAACUUACAGGGAGCGGCUUUCCUCUCCCAGUGGAGGGACAGGCUGGCAUCUCUGGUUCUGUACAACGUGGAGCUGUCCGAGGAGCUGCUCUGCACCAUACUGGAGCUGGUUAAUCUCAGGCAUCUGGACAUUUCUCGAGAAGGCAGGAAGUCGACCAAGUUCCAGAUGAGCCGUAAAAUCCUAACAGCUGUUGUCCAGCGACUCGUUCAUCUGGUUUCUCUGGACAUCUCAGGUCUUGUGAUGCUGGACAACUGCACUGUGCCACACUUUGAGGAAGCCAUGGGACGUCCGAGCACGGAGCCGAGUAAGAGCAGCAUCAUCCCAUUCCAAGAGCUGAAGAGGCCGCUGCAGUUCUUGGGUCUGUACGACACCACGCUGUGCAACGUGACCCACAUCCCAGCCUACAAGGUGACUGGGUCCAAGAAUGAAGACCAGGUCCUGAACGCCAUUGAGGCCUACACGGAGUUCCGCCCUGAACUGGCCCACAGAGCCAUCAAUCAGCUGUUUGACAUCGCCAGGAUCCAGCACUGUAGCCAGCUGCUCCGGGCCUUGCAGCUGGUGAUCGCAGCAUUGAAGUGUCACAAGUUUGAUAAGAGCGUCCAGGUGACGGGUAGCGCGGCGCUGUUCUACCUGACCAACACCGACUACCGCAGCGACCAAAGUGUUCGUCUACGGCGGGAUGUGAUUCAGGUGGUUCUGAAUGGGAUGGAGCAGUACCAGGAAGUCACAGUCCAGAGGAACUGCUGCCUGACUCUGUGUAACUUCAGUAUUCCAGAGGAGCUGGAGUUCCAGUACAGCCGGGUCAACCAGCUACUGCUGAAGAUCCUAGAGCCGGCCCGGCAGGACGAGUCCAUCCAGAGGAUCGCCGUUCACCUGUGCAACGCUCUGGUGUGUCAGGUGGACAACCAUCACAAGGAGGCUGUGGGGAAGAUGGGCUUCGUCAAGACGAUGUUGAAUUUAAUCCAGAAGAAGCUUCAGGACCAAACGUGUGAUCAGGUGAUGGAGUUCUCCUGGAGCGCCCUGUGGAACAUCACGGAUGAGACGCCCGACAACUGCCAGAUGUUCCUGAACUGUCGCGGCAUGAGUCUGUUCCUGGACUGUCUGAAGGAGUUUCCGGAUAAACAGGAGCUUCACCGUAACAUGUUGGGUCUUCUGGGAAAUGUUGCUGAGGUCAGAGCGCUGAGGCCACAGCUGCUCACGCCGCAGUUCAUCACCGUGUUCAGUAAUCUGCUGGAAAGCAAAGCUGAUGGGAUCGAGGUGUCCUACAAUGCCUGCGGGGUUCUGUCCCACAUCAUGUUCGACGGCCCGGAGGCCUGGGCCAUGGACGAGCCCCGGAGAGACGCCGUGAUGGACAGGAUGUGGGACGCCAUCCAGAGCUGGGACGUCUGCUCGCGCCGCAACAUCAACUACAGGUCGUUCGAGCCGAUCCUCCGCCUGCUGCCUCAGGGCAUCGCCCCCGUCAGCCAGCACUGGGCCACCUGGGCUCUGUUCAACCUUGUGUCAGUUUACCCUGGUAAAUACUGCCCCCUGCUGAUCAAGGAAGGUGGGAUACAUCUCCUGGAGAAAGUUCUGGAGCUGGAGAGUUCUCAUCCAGAGACCAAGGACAUGGCCAGGAAGGUGAUGGAGCAGUGUGAGAACUUUAAGGAGGAUCCGAUGGAAACCAACAAUGGGCCAGAGGUGAACUACGGCCAGAGGGGCUGAGUCCACCAGAACCGGGCCCAGAUGUGGAUGGGCUCGACCCGACACCUCCUGCUGUCGGUACCACCGGGUUUUCACCACAUCUUUUUGUUUUCUCCUUUUUGAUAGAACAGAACCGAGUCUCUGGAUCAGACCCGUUUGUUGGGUCGCUGUUUCCCCUCUCUCUCUUGUGUGUGUGUGUGUGUGUGUGUGUGUGUGUGUGUGUGUGUGUGUGUGUGUGUGUGUGUGUGUGUGUGUUAUUGUUUUAAGUUCUCAAACGGGACAGAAACUUCUGCCAGGUUCUUGGCUGUGAGCUGGACAGCCAGUGGAGGUUCUGGACUCUGGCCCGGCUCACAGAGGCCAACACGUGUUUGGACUUCCUGCAGGCGAACACGCGUGUUAUAUAUGUAAAUAUUCUGCUUGGUUCUGAUUGGUUCUCAUCCUUCUGCUGGUUUCUAAGAACUCUGACCCAGUCCAGACCUACAGAAACGGUGAGACCUGGUUCUGGAGUCCAGCAGUCCUGGUCUCGGGCCUGCUGGAUGUCUGAUCAGCUGAUGUCCAAAGGCCAGUCUGUCCUGAAACCCAGAGGACGGAAUAACACAACCCUCCUGUCUGAACCACCAAAUGUUUCUGGUUCUGUUGGGCCCGUUUUCCACCUGAACCCACCAGAGGACUUGGACUCUCAGCUGCCUCAUCAAGUCUACCCGAGUUCCUCCAAACAGAACCGAGUUUAUGAGAAACCAGCUCAUACGGGUUCGGUUUACCCUCCUGUCCUCUCAAAACCACAGAAGAAGAAGGACUGUAAGGUCCAGUGGAAACCUGACCCAUUCCCAGAUGGAUCCACAUGUACCCGACCCAUUGCCAGCCCCCUGGUGGACCCAUGUUCUCCAUCCCAUCUCCAGAUCCAAAGUCCUAUGAAUCAUGUAAAGCUCCUGGAUUUCGGGAACCUGACCAGUUCCCUCUCUGGAAUGAUCAGCUGUGGAUGGGAUUACCCAUUCUGACCGGAGAGGAAGCUUCUCAAACACCAUUUUUUAGGAGAAAUUCCUCAUCAUUAACGGAAAUGAGAUCAAAAACACGGAAUUCAGAUCCUUCCUGCUGGGAUUUGGCUUCACUAUGGAAUUAUCCUGGGAUAAUAUUCUAAAGAGACAUCUUUUUACAGCUGGUUGUUGCUCCUCUUCCUCUGGAUUUUCCUCCUCCUAGAUGGAUCCAGUACUCUAGGAUCUGGCAGGUUCUGACCUGGAGACAGAAAAGAUGUGGACUUUCCGUUUGACGUUUUUCCGACACGUUCCAUCUCUGAUUAGGAUGAAUGACGGAGCUAAAAACCUCAUUUUGGUCUCAGAGUCUCCCUUUGUUUCCCAUCUGGUCUCAACUCCUCCUCGUUGCUUCCCUGUUGGAUCCAGACGGGUCCUAGAGGAGCUGGAUCAGUUCUGAAUGGAUCGCUGAAGCAGAUUUUUAACUUCAGAAACAAGUUUGGAUUUGUUUUCUUUUAAAGUUUUUUAAAAUGAUCCAGAGGAGUGCCACAAAGACUGGAUAUCAGACCCUUUUCCUGAUUCUUCUUAAAUAAAGAACUGGGAUUUGAUGCUCACCGAACAGAA